AAUGUUUCUCAAAUUACCAGUCUGUAGAAGUUGUUCGAGAAAGUGAAAGAGAAAUUGGUCAGCCACAAGCAGCUGCUGGUUCUCAGAAUACCACAUCACCACCCGGAUGGCAACACUUCUCUCGUCAUAUUCAAAACCAAUUGGACCAAACCAAUAACCUCUGUCAGUCUAUCUUACGAGACCAGCAAGCUCUAACUAAUAUAUUCAUGUCCUCGCACCCAUCUACUGGUACAGCUACAGGAACAGUCUUCUGUGACAAGACAUCAGGUCGACCUGGCCUCGGAGUGUCAUUUCUACCAGAGAACCUUCAACAGUACAGCCAGCAGCUUCAACAACAACAGCAACUUGUAUUAAACUUGACCCAGUGCUAUCAUACACUUUACUUACAGCAGUUGGAAAUACAAAGCUUACAACACUUUCUUCAGCAGUAUGUUCCGAGUCCAGAUGGGACCCAUGCUCGUGCUUCUCCAGCAAACAAUCAGGGAGGUAUUUCAGAAGAGUUACCAUUCCGUCCUCAACUUCACAAUACCCAAGGAGGUUCCUACUUUGCUCCUGGUAGUAUCCCAACAUUAGUACCUUCUGCUACGCCAGGUUUUCUGCCUUUAGGACAGAAUAUUCACCACCCAAGUUCUCAGCUUCCUGUAUUUGGACUUGAACAUGCUAAUCAAACUUCAACGGCAAGUCAAGGAGAAAGAACAGAGACUGAAACACUUAAUAACAAGGUUGCUCCAGGUACCCGAGCUAACAACUUCUGGGAUAACUUUCGGAGCUAUUCUCGUCAGAAUCUCUUAUCUACAUCUACAGGUUCAAAAAGCAAUGAAACUGGUUCAGGUAGAGCCGUGGGAGGAAGAACGAGAACCCGUCAGGACACCACAUCUGCUAGCUUACCUGAUAUUUUCAAUGCUCAACAUAGAACACAUCUUAUACCUGAUGUUAGUGUUGGUACUUCAACAUUGCCAGAGGAAAGAUUGUAUGAUAGACCUUUGCCAAAUCCUGAACUUCAGGAGUUAAUGACUCAACCAACAGUGAAAACAGCCAAUUUUAAUAGAGUGCAGAUAGAACCAGGAUGGUGUCAAGAGGAAAGAAUUAGAAGAACUGUUGAAUCUCUGAACCUAGCUUCGGAACAGGGUACAAGACCUUCCACAGGGAGUUCUACUGGACUGCAGAAUCCCUGUUCCAUCACCAGCACAUUUUCUAGUCUAUCUAGUGUCAGAGAACCUACUGCCAUUAACAUCAGUUCUCCAUACCAUCCAAACCAGUCUUCUAAGAUACUGUAAGUAUACAAGUUUACUUUC